AUCAAUGCUCUGGACAUGGACGCCAUGAUGAGUAUGAUCUACGCAUGGUUGGAUAACCCGGUAAAGUUUGAGAAAUCUCAUGGCAUUAGUAACACCCUGGACACUGAGAUCGUCCCGAAGUCUGAAACUGAGGAGGAGACUCACAUCCUUAUUGUGGAAGGCUUUCUGCUUUACACCUACGAACCUUUGAUCGUCAUGCUGAACCAACGUUACUGUAUUUCCAUCCCGUAUGAAGAAUGCAAAAAGAGGAGGUGCUCUAGGAACUACACGGUGCCAGAUCCACCUGGCCUGUUCGAUGGUCACGUCUGGCCCAUGUACUUGAAACACAAGAACAUCACCCUAAACUUUAUACCACUGGAAAGCCCCCACCUACGGGCCUUUACCCUACUCUGGGAAUGGCCGACCUACAGUGCAUUCAACAAGACUAGGUUAAAUCCUGGAACAUGGCUGACUGCAGGGGAGAGGAGUAGCUCCACCCACUCCCCCAAACAAGGUAUCCACAGUGCUAGAGACAGAGCAUGGCAUCAGCAGAGGUUCACUGCUCCAUGA